GUCAAACAUCAAGCGCUGCGUGUAACGUUAUAAAUAACUGUGAUUUCGACUCUUUUGUGUUAUAUUUACAGUUCAUGAAAGUUUUCUCGAUUUUUUGCGUUGGAUUCUUCAAGUCAUUCACAGUUUCAAAGCAAACGAGAAGAAAUGUGAGAAUAUCGUGUUUAAAUCAGAGAUAUUGAGGAUGACGUCACAGAUGGAUGUGAUGUGCUGUAAAUCAGUAGGAACUGAUCUGUCCAUGCUGGAUAUUGAUGAUUUCAUCACAGAAAUCUGUAAGAUGAAGAAAGAGGUGGAGUUACUGGAGGAAAAGCUGAGAACAAGAGAGAUGAACUCAACUCAGAGGUUUGGACACAUUCAACAUCAUUUACCUCAAUUACUCUGACUGUUUUUAUACCGUUAUUACUGUCAAACUAAAUUAAAAUAACAUAUCACACAUAUAUUAUAUAUAAGUGUCCAGUGUUGUGUUGUGUGUUUGUCAGGAUGUGUCUGCGGUUUUGUGGAGUCAAUCUUCAGUGCGUGUGAAUGAUGAGAGCUUCAAAGAAUCUCUGUAUUCAGUGUGGAGGAGCGGAGAUCAGAUCACACCACAGCCACUGCUGGACAAACUCUCUGAACAGAAAUCCAGCCUCACUUUACUCUGUUAUACUGACACAAACCCCACAGACGCUCAGGACACUGCGUGUGACAGUAAUCACAACUUGAAUCAGGAUGAAUCUACUGAUCAAACCUCCACAGAGUCUCUGGGUUCUGUCUGUAACGCUGGAGAACAGCAGACCCUGAACACCAUACCACUGAAGAUGUGUUCUGUCAAACUGAUGGACUGCAGGAAACUGAUGGAGAUGAAAACAGAACCCACACCAGAGAAAGAUCAAACUGAUGAAGAGGAGAAUCAUGAGGAUUUUGUUCCUUCAGUCAGUCUGGAAAUAAAAACAGAACCUAAAUCAGAGGAAGAACAGACUGAAGAACAUGAGAAUGAUGAUUUUAUUCCUUCAGAUGAGAGGAUUGAUUCAUGUUGUGAUGGAGAAAUGGCCUCUACGUCUAAACAGCGACUGACAGCACAAACUCUUUCUCGCAUCACCUGUGGGAAGACAUUCAGUUCACAGAGACAUUUCAAGACACUUGAGAGAAAACACACAGAACAGAAACUCUUCACCUGCACCAGAUGUGACAUCAGCUUUCCUACCUCACAAGAGAAGAAACUUCAUUCACAAGAGCACAGAGACAAGAAACACUUUCACUGUGAGCAGUGUGGGAAGAAUUUUCUCUCGUCUUCUCGUCUGAAAGUUCACGUUCGGACACACAGCGGUGAAAAGUCUUUCCACUGCAGUGAAUGUGACAAAUAUUUCAGCACCAAAGCAAAUCUUGUUCUUCAUCAGAGAAUUCACACUGGAGAAAAACAGUCUGAGAAGAGAUCUGUAAGUCUUCAGACUCAUCAGAAGAAACACGCUGAAGAACAAACUCAUCUAAAGUCACACAAAACUACACAUACCAAGGAGAAACGCUUUCAGUGUUCACAAUGUGAGAAACGCUUCCGUCAUAAAUCUCAUCAGAUAAUUCAUGAGAGAAUUCACACCGGUGAAAGACCUUACCACUGCCCUCACUGUGGAAGGAGCUUUACUGAUCCAAGUGCUUUAAGAGUUCAUCUGAGUAUUCACUCUGGAGAGAAACCUUAUCAGUGCAGUGUUUGUUGGAAGAGUUUUAAUCGUAAUACUUAUUUAGUGAGACACAAGAGAGUUCACACUGGAGAAAGACCUUAUCUCUGUAAUCUUUGUGGGAAGGGUUUCAUUGAUCGAUCUGGCCUACGAACGCAUCAGAGAAUUCAUACAGGUGAAAGACCCUUUAAAUGCUCUUAUUGUGACAAGUCGUUUGCUCAAACGAGUGCCUUGAAAAACCACAAGAGAAUUCACACCGGAGAGAAACCUUAUCAGUGCUCGAGCUGCGGAGAGAGAUUCACUUAUUCAAAAAGUCAUCAGAGUCAUCAGAAGAAACACGCUGAAGAUCAAACUGAUCUAAAGUCACACAAAACUACACAUAUCGAGGAGAAACUCUUUCAAUGUUCACACUGUGAGAAACGCUUCCGUCAUAAAGCUCAAAUGAUAAUACAUGAGAGAGUUCACACAGGAGAGAAACCUUACCACUGCCCUCACUGUGGAAAGAGCUUUUCUCAGCAAAGUUCUUUUGGAGUUCAUCUGAGAAUUCACACUGGAGAGAAACCUUAUCAGUGCUCGAGCUGCGGAGAGAGAUUCACUUAUUCAAAAAGUCUUCAGACUCAUCAGAAGAAACACGCUGAAGAACAAACUGCUCUGGAAUCAUCUUCAGUUACAUGUGAUCAGUUUCUCCACAACACUGGUAAUGAUGAACAGAAUAUGUUGAGGAUGACGUCACGGGUGGAUGUGACGUGCUGUAAAUCAGUAGGAACUGAUCUGUCCAUGCUGGAUAUUGAUGAUAUCAUCACAGAAAUCUGUCAGCUGAAGAAAGAGGUGGAGUUACUGGAGGAAAAGCUGAGAACAAGAGGAGAUGAACUCAACACAGAGGAUGUGUCGGCGGUUUUGUGGAGUCAAUCUUCAGUGUGUGUGAGUUCAUUGCUGGACAAACUCUCUGAACAGAAAUCCAGCCUCACUUUACUCUGUUAUACUGACACAAACCCCACAGACGCUCAGGACACUGCGUGUGACAGUAAUCACACAUUGAAUCAGGAUGAAUCUACUGAUCAAACCUCCACAGAGUCUCUGGGUUCUGUCUGUAACGCUGGAGAACAGCAGACCCUGAACACCAUACCACUGAAGAUGUGUUCUGUCAAACUGAUGGACUGCAGGAAACUGAUGGAGAUGAAAACAGAACCCACACCAGAGAAAGAUCAAACUGAUGAAGAGGAGAACCAUGAGGAUUUUGUUCCUUCAGUCAAUCUGGAAAUAAAAACAGAACCCAAAUCAGAGGAAGAACCGACUGAAGAACAUGAGAAUGAUGAUUUUAUUCCUUCAGAUGAGAGGAUUGAUUCAUGUGUUGAUGGAGAAAUGGCCUCUACGUCAAAACAGCGACUGACAGCACAAACUCUUUCCCGCAUCACCUGUGGGAAGAUAUUCAGUUCACAGAGACAUUUCAAGACACGUGAGAGAAAACACACAGAACAGAAACUCUUCACCUGCACCAGAUGUGACAUCAGCUUUCCUACAUCACAAGAGAAGAAACUUCAUUCACAAGAGCACAGAGACAAGAAACACUUUCACUGUGAGCAGUGUGGGAAGAAUUUUCUCUCGUCUUCUCGUCUGAAAGUUCACGUGUGGACACACAGCGGUGAAAAGUCUUUGCACUGCAGUGAAUGUGACAAAUAUUUCAGCACCAAAGCAAAUCUUGUUCUUCAUCAGAGAAUUCACACUGGAGAAAAACGCUGUGAGAAGAGAUUCGUAAGUCUUCAGACUCAUCAGAAGAAACACGCUGAAGAACAAACUGAUCUAAAGUCACACAAAACAACACAUACCAAGGAGAAACUCUUUCAAUGUUCACAAUGUAACAAACACUUCCGUUAUAAAGCUGAACUGAUUAUUCAUGAGAGAAUUCACACUGGAGAGAAACCUCACCACUGCCCUCACUGUGGAAAGAGCUUUACUCAUCCAAGUACUUUAAGAGUUCAUCUGAGAAUUCAUUCUGGAGAGAAACCUUACCAGUGCCCUCACUGUGGAAAGAGCUUUACUCAUCCAAAUGCUUUAAGAGUUCAUCUGAGAAUUCACACUGGAGAGAAACCUUAUCAGUGCAGUGUUUGUGGGAAGAGUUUUAAUCAACAUAAUAAUUUAGUGAGACACCAGAGAAUUCACACCGGAGAGAAACCUUAUCAGUGCUCGAGCUGCGGAGAGAGAUUCACUUAUUCAAAAAGUCUUCGGACUCAUCAGAAGAGACACGCUGAAGAACAAACUGAUCUUAAGUCACAACAAACAACACAUACACAAUAUACAACAACACAGAAACGCUUUCAGUGUUCACACUGUGAGAAACGCUUCACUUAUAAAACUCAUCUGAUAACUCAUGAGAGGGUUCACACUGGAGAGAAACCUUACCACUGCCCGCACUGUGGAAAGAGCUUUACUGAUUCAAGUGCUUUAAGAGUUCAUCUGAGAAUUCACACUGGAGAGAAACCUUAUCAGUGCAGUGUUUGUGAGAAGAGUUUGAAUCAACAUAAUAAUUUAGUGAGACACCAGAGAAUUCACACUGGAGAGAAACCUCACCACUGCCCUCACUGUGGAAAGAGCUUUUCUCAGCAAAGUUCUUUAAGAGUUCAUCUGAGAAUUCACACUGGAGAGAAACCUUAUCAGUGCAGUGUUUGUGGGAAGAGUUUUAAUCAACAUAAUAAUUUAGUGACACACCAGAGAAUUCACACUGGACAGAGACCUUAUCAGUCCAGUGUUUGUGGAAAGGGUUUCACUCAUCAAAAUGACCUAGUAAAGCAUCAGAGAAUUCAUACAGGUGAAAGACCCUUUAAAUGUUCUCAUUGUGACAAGUCUUUUAAUCGAAUGAGUGUCUUGAAAAUGCACGAGAGAAUUCACACCGGAGAGAAACCUUAUCAGUGCUCGAGCUGCGGAGAGAGAUUCACUUAUUUAAGACAUCUUCAGACUCAUCAGUAGAAACACACUGAAGAACAAACUAUAUUGAGGAUGACGUCACGGGUGGAUGUGAUGUGCUGUAAAUCAGUAGGAACUGAUCUGUCCAUGCUGGAUAUUGAUGAUUUCAUCACAGAAAUCUGUAAGAUGAAGAAAGAGGUGGAGUUACUGGAGGAAAAGCUGAGAACAAGAGAUGAACUCAAGUCUGAGGAUGUGUCUGCGGUUUUGUGGAGUCAAUCUUCAGUGCGUGUGAAUGAUGGGAGCUUCAAAGAAUCUCUGUAUUCAGUGUGGAGCAGCGGAGAUCAGAUCACACCACAGCCACUGCUGGACAAACUCUCUGAACAGAAAUCAAGCCUCACUUUACUCUGUUAUACUGACACAAAUCCCACAGACGCUCAGGACACUGCGUGUGACAUUAAUCACACCUUGAAUCAGGAUGAAUCUACUGAUCAAACCUCCACAGAGUCUCUGGGUUCUGUCUGUAACGCUGGAGAACAGCAGAACCUGAACACCAUACCACUGAAGAUGUGUUCUGUCAAACUGAUGGACUGCAGGAAACUGAUGGAGAUGAAAACAGAACUCACACCAGAGAAAGAUCAAACUGAUGAAGAGGAGAACCAUGAGGAUUUUGUUCCUUCAGUCAAUCUGGAAAUAAAAACAGAACCCAAAUCAGAGGAAGAACCAACUGAAGAACAUGAGAAUGAUGAUUUUAUACCUUCAGAUGAGAGGAUUGAUUCAUGUUGUGAUGGAGAAAUGGCCUCUACGUCAAAACAGCGACAGACAGCACAAACUCUUUCCCGCAUCACCUGUGGGAAGACAUUCAGUUCACAGAGACAUUUCGAGACACACGAGAGAAAACACACAGAACAGAAACUCUUCACCUGCACCAGAUGUGACAUCAGCUUUCCUACCUCACAAGAGAAGAAACUUCAUUCACAAGAGCACAGAGACAAGAAACACUUUCACUGUGAGCAGUGUGGGAAGAAUUUUCUCUCGUCUUCGCGUCUGAAAGUUCACGUGCGGACACACAGCGGUGAAAAGUCUUUCCACUGCAGUGAAUGUGAUAAAUAUUUCACCACCAAAGCAAAUCUUGUUCUUCAUCAGAGAAUUCACACUGGAGUAAAACGCAGUGAGAAGAGAUUCGUAAGUCUUCAGACUCAUCAGAAGAAACACGCUGAAGAUCAAACUGAUCUAAAGUCACACCAAACUGGAGAGAAACCUUACCAGUGCAGUGUUUGUGGGAAGAGUUUUAAUAGUCAACACAAUUUAGUGAGACACCAGAUAGUUCACACUGGAGAAAGACCUUAUCUCUGUAUAGUUUGUGGAAAGGGUUUCACUCAACAAACUGGCCUACUAAAUCAUCAGAGACUUCAUACAGGUGAAAGACCCUUUAAAUGUUCUCAUUGUGACAAGUCGUUUGCUCGAAUGAGUGUCUUGAAAACCCACGAGAGAAUUCACACUGGAGAGAAACCUUACCAGUGCUCGAGCUGCGGAGAGAGAUUCACUUAUUUUGGAAGUCUUCACACUCAUCAGAAGACUCACGCUGAAGAACAAACUGAUCUAAAGUCGCACCAAACUACACAUACCGAGGAGAAACGCUUUCAGUGUUCACACUGUGAGAAAAGCUUAUGUCAUCAAUCUCAUCUGAUAAUUCAUGAGAGAACUCACACUGGAGAGAAACCUUACCAGUGCUCAAGCUGUGGAGAGAGAUUCACUUAUUUUGGAAAUUUUCAGACUCAUCAGAAGAAACACGCUGAAGAUCAAACUGAUCUAAAGUCACACAAAACGACACAUAUCGAGGAGAAACUCUUUCAUUGUUCACACUGUGUGAAACGCUUCCGUCAUAAAGCUAGUCUGAUAACUCAUGAGAGAAUUCACACUGGAGAAAGACCUUACCACUGCCCUCACUGUGGAAAGAGCUUUACUGAUCCAAGUACUUUAAGAAUUCAUCUGAGAAUUCACUCUGGAAAGAAACCUUAUCAGUGCAGUGUUUGUGGAAAGAGUUUUAAUAGUCAAAACCAUUUAGUAAGACACCAGAGAGUUCACACUGGAGAAAGACCUUAUCUCUGUAAUGUUUGUGGGAAGAGUUUCACUCAACAAAUUGGCCUGGUACGGCAUCAGAGACUUCAUACAGGUGAAAGACCCUUUAAAUGUUCUCACUGUGACAAGUCGUUUACUCGAAUGGGUGUCUUGAAAAACCACGAGAGAAUUCACACUGGAGAGAAACCUUACCAGUGCUCGAGCUGUGGAGAAAGGUUCAGUGAUCCAAGUGCUUUAAGAGUUCAUCUGAGAAUUCACACUGGAGAGAAACCUUAUCACUGCAGUGUUUGUGGGAAGGGUUUUAAUAGUCAAAAUCAUUUAGUAAGACACCAGAGAGUUCACACUGGAGAAAGACCUUAUCUCUGUAAUGUUUGUGGGAAGAGUUUCACUCAACAAGCUGGCCUAGUAAGACAUCAGAGAAUUCAUACAGGUGAAAGACCCUUUAAAUGUUCUCAUUGUGACAAGUCAUUUGCUCGAAUGGGUGUUUUGAAAAACCACGAGAGAAUUCAUACCGGAGAGAAACCCUACCAGUGCUUAAACUGCGGAGAGAGAUUCACUUAUUCAAAAAGUCUUCAGACUCAUCAGAAGAAACACGCUGAAGAACAAACUGAUCUGGAAACAUCAUAGCGUCUAUAACCCGGAAUAAUUUUACUUGCAGUAUUUUUCUGUGUACUAUGUUCCAAUAAAAAUUGUUCUGCAUGUCUUU